AUGGAAUCAAAAUCGGUAGCCAUCAUUGGAGCAGGUUCAAGCGGUUUAGUAGCAGCCAACGUACUUUUGAAAGAUGGUUUCGAUGUGACUAUUUUCGAACGAGGACGACAUAUUGGCGGUAUUUGGUGUGAAGAUUGUGCUUACGUUGAUUUACAUAGUCAACAAUUUGGAGGUACAAUAGAAUUUUCUGAUCUAUUUGAUGGCGAAGAAUUUGCUUCUUGGCAACAUAUUCAUGAUUAUUUGAAAAGAUAUGCAGAUCAUUGUCAUCUUACCGAACGUAUUAAAUUUCGAACACGUGUCAUUGAAAUAAAUAAGAAAAAUUUAAAAGAUGGAAAUAUUCCAUGGCAAAUCAAAGUUGAAAAAUUUGAUGGUCAAUAUGAAAUGUAUGAAUUUGAUUUUCUUGUCAUAGCUACUAGUCUUUUUAAUGAAGUAUACAUGCCAUAUAUACGUGGUCAAGAAAAAUUUGAAGGAAGAAUUAUUCAUGGUUAUAAUAUAAAAUCGCACGAACAACUUAUUGACAAACGUGUUGUGAUCAUUGGUGGUGGCAAAUGUGCAACAGAUCUGGCUUCAAUUUGUGGUUCGUAUACUCGUAGUUGUCACAUUGUUUUACGACGUGCUCAUUGGAUGUUACCACGCACAAUCGCAGGUGGCUUAUUGCCUGCACGAUAUCUCCUUACACGUCUUGCUUACGCUGCUUAUGGACCAUUUCCUGGUGCACCUCAUUCGAAACUAUUUCGAUAUUUUCAUCGUACAUUUCCACGAUUAUUUACAUUCAUCACUGAUAAAAUUACCGCUGAUAUAAUGGCUAUUAAUGGACCAGAUUUAUAUGACGAUAAAGUAUUUCUACCGAAUAAUUCAUUUCGUAAUGCUGAAAAUAUUUACAUGAUACCACAAGAUUUUAUUCGACUUAGACAACAAGGUCGUAUUAUAGCAAAAUUGGAUUCUAUCGAUGAAAUUAUUGAUUCAACAACAAUACGACUCAAAUCAGGUGAACAUUUACAAGCGGAUAUGAUCAUAUGUGCAACCGGUUUUAUUACUCGUUUUCCGUUCUUUUCCGAUAUGGAUGCAAAAAUAUUGGUAUGUCUAACACAAUGGUUGGUGGCUGAAGUAACCAGUCAUUGGGUAUCAGAAUAUUUUUUAGGACGGCUUAAAUUACCUGUCUCUGAAGCGGAAAUGUAUAAAGAAAUCGAUGAGACAUGUACAUUUAUACAUAAAACAUUCAAUCGAACUGGAUGUUAUCUUAUGUAUUAUUGGUUAUCACCCAUUGAAAUUUAUCUCAAAGAUAUGGGUCUAAGAUUGGAAAGAACACAUAAUUGGAUAUCAGAAUAUUUUGGUAUUUAUCGACCAGAACGAUUUAAAGGUUUGCAUGAAGAACGACGUGCUAAAGCUGCUGGUAUUAAAUAUCAUCAUUGGUAUUUUGGUUUUCAACAUACGAUCCUUAUUCUUUUCUUCUUAUUAUUAUUAAUGAUUUUAUUAUUAUGA